AUGUCUGAAGGAGAUGGCCAGAAUGGGGCCCAGAGAUUGACCACUCAGGCGCCCGCGCCUAGGAAGAAAUUUGCGAUUCCUCCCGUCAAGAACGCCUGUCUAUCUUGGUACGUCGCAGCGCCCAACCAUUGCGCCAUUGUGCCAUUGUGCCAUUGUCCCGGGUCCAUCUACUAUACCUUUACUGCUCUAGUUCCUAACUUUAUUGAAACAACGAGAGACGCUAAUGGUGAUCGUUUUUUUAAGUCGCGCAUCGAGAACGAGUGCGUGACGAAAGAUCGCGAAUGCGUAUAUAAACCAAGUAGACGAGGAGGGCCUCGCAUUCGAAAGAAGGCUCGACCAUUGUCGGAUUAUCAAGAUUUAGCCAUUUCACUCCCUCCUCGGCAAGAAGAAAUUCCGCAGGAUGCACUCCUCAUCGAGAACUACAUAGAUCCGGGUGCUGGCCUCAAGCCUUUAGCCGAUAUAUGGAGAGAUAGCGAUGCCAUCUAUGAUAAUCUAUUUCAAGAUGCCGUGAUUGAUACCACCAUCGCCCCUAGUAUCAAAAUUCCUAUGGUCAGGACCUAUGGGGGUAAUGAUCGGGCCAUACUGAAUGCGUAUUAUAUUUGGAUCCACCCCUAUUUCCCCAUCUUGCCGCCGCCAGAGACGACGCCGGUAAUUGAUGAAGUUCUUCCCCUUUUCGAGCACCAGAGGGAUAAAUUUGAAGAACCUCAAUCAGCUAUAGCUCUUGCGAUCUCUGCAAUCUUGGCCCUCAUACCAUGUCCCCAAGAUCCCAACCCACUCGAGCAGGAGUCAAUCCGCUGGAGACGCACAUACUCUCAGUUCCUUGCCAAGUCGGCCCUUGAGAGUAUCGAAACAGAGGCAGAAAGGCCAGAGUCUUCCGUCGAACCUCCGAAAGCUCUAGAUGACUCUGACGAAGAGGUCUUCCGAGAGAAAUUCCACUCACAAGUCCCCUUAGAGAUAGAAAGUGUCAUCGCUCUCGAUCUCUUGAGUGUUUAUGAAUAUGCCCAACGUGGAAACCUGAAGAAGAUGCGGGCUAGGGUUGGAGCGGCCUUGGUGUCAGCGAUGUCCUUAAUGCUUCACACACGUAAUGAUGUUGAAGAUGAAUAUUCAGAGGCGCGACGUCGCGCGUGGUGGAUGACCUACAUUUGUGUCUGCCAGGGAUCAAUUGUUAGCAAUACGUCCCCCACAUUUGAAGUAUUCGCAUCUAGCUUCACUGCCAAGUAUCCCACUGUCAAAGCCGAUCCAGAGGUAUGGCCGUUGUUUGUUCAAGCUCAACAAGCAAUUCUAGCUGCUACCCAAUUCGUCAUCGAUUUCAAUAAGGCUAGAAAAGACCAAUCGGAUAUGGGUCGCAUCUUCAACAGGAUGCGUGAGCUUGAGCGCCUCCUAGAACCUCUGAUAACCAAGUCUGAAUCGUGGGUCUUAAAUUGCCCAUUGACACAACCGGUUGAUAAGAGAGAGUCGGUUUUGUCACAAUCAUUACGAUGCAUAUCACGCAUCAAGUUGAAUAGUGCCCGAAUUAAGGUUCAUCGCUAUUGUGCUUUCUUCGACCUUGCCGUAUUUUCUUCGAAGCAUUGCGAUCUCAAAAGUACAGCGGAGAAAGAAAGUGUUGAUAGCCCAGACGUAGUCCAGCUUCAAUCAUGCUGCACUAGUACGCCGUCUAUCCAGUCAAGUCCGUCUGGGGGGUCAGUGUCGCCGACACUUUCUAGUCGUUCUACACCCAAUGCAGAUUGCUGCGGUUUCACCUACCAACCAACGCCAGUUCUUCAAUUCCCAUUCAGCACUCACCACUCUUCAAAGAUAUGUUUGAAGUCUGCUUUGAAUAUUGCCCAAGCGUUUGACUCCUUGCCGUAUCCGAACCCCAGUGGUAUGCUUUGCGACACACCAUGCUACAUUGGAGUAAAUUCAACAUUGAUUACUCCGAGGACAAUGCCGGCAUUCGCUUGCUGCGCAAUGCAAUGCAGUUACGCAUUGCUCAUGGUUAAGGAUCGAACUGAGUCGAUGUACCCAACUGCGACCGGCGAGGCUGGUCCUCUAGUUGACAACCUCCGCGACAGACUUCAACAAGGAUUGGUGUCAAUACUAGUGACACUGGAGAAUUAUGCCACAGCUUUUGAAGCACUAGGUGGCAUGAGAGACCAAAUUCGGGAUAAGGUUGAUUUGGCGCUGGGAUUUUAAGAUAUGCAAAAUGAUACCUUUUGAGUCAAUAAUAUGUUCAGGUUUUAAUCGAACAUGGAGUCAUUAGUAGGGAGCAAUCAUUAAAUGAAAGCUUGGACGUUUCUCCCCUCUUUAUACAAUCAUGAUGGGUUUCGCUCGAAAACCUGGGCUAGACAAAGCGAAAUAUGUAAGUACAUAGGUAUGGUAAACUAGGGCGGAUCAUUAAGGGCUACGAAGUUAUUUGAAUGAAAAUAAUUGAAAUAAAUACCCAUUCGAGCGGCGAUACACGGCAGUGUUUUCGAAUUUCACAUAUCAAUGCCUAUGACGAGGUGAAACCCCCUAUUUCAAAUUAAACAGAUCAGAUUAGAUCGUUAACAUUAUUAUCCUAAACCUAUUUAAUAAUUUAUAUCGUAUGUUUAAUUAAAUGAAA